AUGCCUGUACGGAGGGGUCACGUCGCACCAAAAACGACUCUAAUCGAAACGAUUAUUCGAAAAUUUGAUACACACAAUCGGAGUUUUUUAGUAGCAAACGCACAACCAGAAUCAUGCCAUAUAAUAUUUUGUUCAGAUGGGUUUUGCAAAAUGACGGGAUUUACUAGAGCGGAAGUAAUGCAGCGAUCCGCAUGCACAGAUUUUCUGCAAGGCCAAAUGACCUCCGUUGGCGUAAUGGAAUCUAUAAAGGAAGCACUGAGAAAAGGCGAAGAGAAGCAUUUUGAAAUUCUUUACUACAGGAAAGAUGGUUCCAAGUUUCUGUGCUCGGAAGUGAUUGCUCCCAUACGUUCCGAAGUCGACGACAUCUCGUUAUUUAUCAUCAAUUUUGAGGAUCUAUCGAACCCAUCAAACCCCGAGCCAAUAGAACAAGUAAAGUUGAGCAAAUUUGACAAAGCGCGAGCUAGCUUUCGACAAUCAUUUAGAAUUGGCCAUAUAGCGUUGCGCGAUCGGGGCCUACGCUUGGCGGGAUAUCUUACACCUCCCUCCGAUGCCACCCAAGAGGAAGACGAAAUUAUUGCACCAAAGCAUACAUUCGAAAGCGAUCCCGAAAAUCAGAAAACGGUCCUCAAAGUAGAAGCAAACAUAUGGGCUCCCAUGUCAACACCAGCCCUAACAAGGACGAAAGAGCUGGAUUGUCUUCCUCGUGCAGCGGAUAUCGACACACUCAGCGGGCCAGGAGAAAUCGUAAUCACAGCUCCUGAUCCAAUAGUGCGUGUUACAACAAGACAUGAUGGUGGUGUGGAUCAAAGCCCUAAUUCGAAGCCCGAAUUUGUGCAAACAAAAAGCUUAGACUUUGAAGCGCAAUUGAAACAUGUGGAAAGCGCUAAGCUUAUACGCUGUUACGAAAAUAUCCAUUCUCAAGCAAACCGUGGAUUCGUAGAAAAACGUGCUCAUACGGUAGACGAUUUUAUGCGAGGUCCUGUGAACCAUAAUGCAAGAUUGUACUUUCCGUACGUUUCAUCAGAAAGUGACCUACAGCGGUACAAGACUAUUCCCGUGAAGCAAACUGCGGCUCAGGAUGCGAGGACUAGUUCAUCACUUUCAAAUGUGCCUUCAGACUCGCUAAAAGCUAAGGACAAUGGCUCGGGAAAAUAUUUCCAAGGUACGCGGCAGACCAUUAACAUGGGCGAAAAGGUGGCUCAGGUUUUAUCGCUGGGCGCCGAUGUUCUACCGGAGUACAAACUGCAGAGUCCGCGUGUUCACAAAUGGACGAUACUGCACUAUUCACCCUUCAAGGCGGUCUGGGAUUGGAUAAUCCUGUUGUUAGUUAUGUACACGGCAAUAUUUACACCGUACGUGGCGGCGUUUCUGCUCAGCGAGCCGGACUAUAAUCAGCGGAAGAACCGAAAAUAUGCCGACGAUCCGAUUGUGAUAAUUGAUUUAAUUGUUGAUGUGACCUUCGUUGUUGAUAUACUGAUAAACUUUCGCACAACGUUCGUUAACGGGCAGGACGAGGUGGUUUCUCAUCCGGGACGGAUCGCCGUGCACUACCUGAGCGGGUGGUUUCUGAUCGAUCUGGUCGCGGCCAUACCAUUCGAUUUACUUCUCGUGGGCAGUGACACGGAUGAGCUUGGCUUGGACAAAGAUGAGACAACCACGUUGAUCGGACUGUUGAAAACAGCAAGACUGCUUCGGUUGGUUCGAGUGGCUCGAAAGAUCGACCGAUACUCCGAGUAUGGUGCGGCCGUGCUUGUUCUCUUGAUGGCAACAUUCGCCUUAAUCGCCCACUGGUUAGCCUGCAUAUGGUACGCUAUUGGAAAUGCGGAGCGGCCGCUUCUGAAAGCAAAAAUAGGAUGGCUCGACGCACUGGCACAGGACACUCAGGAGUAUUAUUUCCCCAACAACACCGGCGGAGGUCCUUCUGUUAAGUCCCGUUACGUGACUGCCCUUUAUUUCACCUUCACAUCGCUGACAUCGGUUGGAUUCGGAAAUGUGGCACCAAACACGGAUGCCGAAAAAAUAUUCACCAUAUGUGUCAUGCUGGUUGGGUCACUUAUGUACGCCAGCAUCUUUGGAAACGUUUCCGCCAUCAUACAGCGGCUUUACUCAGGAACGGCAAGAUACCACACUCAGAUGCUACGGGUGCGAGAGUUUAUACGUUUCCAUCAGAUACCGAAUCCUUUGAGACAACGUUUGGAGGAGUAUUUCCAACAUGCCUGGACGUACACCAAUGGUAUCGAUAUGAAUUCGGUGCUGAAAGGGUUCCCCGAAUGUUUGCAGGCGGACAUAUGCUUACAUUUGAACAGGAACUUAUUGAACAAUUGCUCUGCAUUCGAAGCAGCCAGCCCCGGUUGCUUAAGGGCACUUUCGCUUAAAUUUAAAACCACACAUGCACCCCCGGGUGACAUUUUGGUGCACAAAGGCGACGUCCUGACGUACCUUUACUUCAUUGCCAGAGGGUCAAUUGAAAUUCUCAAAGAUGAUGUGGUUAUGGCGAUUCUAGGCAAAGAUGACAUUUUUGGCGAGAAUCCUUGUAUUCAUUCAACACUGGGGAAAUCAAAUAGUAAUGUUAAAGCACUGACGUAUUGUGAUCUGCAUAAAAUUCAUAGAGAUGACUUGUUAGACGUGUUAGAUUUAUUCCCGGAAUUUUAUGAUAGUUUUGUAAAUAGUUUGGAAAUUACAUAUAAUAUGCGAGAUGAAGAGCAAGCCGGUGUUGAACUAAGACACAGAUACAUGCGCACCGGAUCCCAAGAUCGCGACAGUGAAACAAGAUCGUAUGUUAGAAAACUGAAUACCGUGCACAACAGACCAGCCGGCAAUAAAUGUGAUAUGGCGAACGACCGGAGUUCUAUAGGACAGUUGAGCACCAAUUACGAUGAUGAUCGUAAGUUCUCUCUUUCCGCAUCACCUAACGAAAGUCCAAAAAGUACGCAUAAGCAAACGGUAAUGUCACAUCACAACGAACAUCAUCAGCAUCAUUUGGUGGGAACGGCUAUGAACGCAACGUCGGCGGUCCUUGGUGGAGCUGCGGACACCAUCACCCUAAGUGCGGUCAGCAAUCGUGCCUGUUCAUGUGGUCCAAAGCCGCCGCCAUCGGUGCUGCCCGAAAGGCAGCUGCGGGCAACAGACUGCGGCACGACAAAGACCACACCAGAUGAAGAUGAUAUCUUUCAUCAUUCCGCAACGCAGCACGGCAGCAGCAGUUCGGGAAAAGCGAACAUUGAUUCAACAUUCAAUCAAGGGUUACUCUCAAAUCAGCUAUCCGAGCUAAUGAACAGGGUGGCAAGCCUUGAAACGAGUCUCAAGCAUGACGUUAGAACCAUACUGGAGAUUCUGCAUCAACAGCAACAGCAGCAGAUGCAGCUGCAACAGUUUCAGCAACAACACACUUUAGCGCAGCAGCAGCAGCAGCAACAGCAACAGCAGCAAAUGCAUCAGAUGUACACUGGGAAGACAGCAGCACCGGUUUCUUCGUACCAACCGUCCGAGAGUGAUUUUUCCUUCGACAUGUGUGGAGUGCCCCACCAGGCGCCUCCAUCGCAGCACCAUCGCAUUAAUGUGGCCCGUUCCGUUUCACAGCCCGAGUGCACCGACGAUGAUCGUAGCUUAUUCAAAUGUUCAAAGUUUUCUUCGUUCAACCACCCUAUAGACGAUCCCACACCCGAGGGACAGAAUUGGAACAUGUUUGCUCCUAUCGCUAAACUGGAAUCACUUGAUGAAAUCGAUCAGGAAACCAAACCGUCAUCCAGCCGUCACGAUCCAAUGCAAUAAUUAUGAAGGGCAAUUCGACGACCCCGCUGUUUGGUGGAUUAAACACAAACCAACCAAAAAUAUAUAUAAUAUAUAUUAUAGAUCACAUUUUCACUAUUUCUUUGUUUACGGAACGACACAAAACAAAAUAUAUAAUAUUUGUAUAUAUUUCUUCUACACGUCGAAUGCGCAAGGAAAAAAGUCCAAUAUUAUACCACCUCCACCAGAGACGCCGACGCCGUUGCAUACUGGUCAAAAUAUUGAUAAAGGCUUUUGUCACCCAACAUAAAAAAAACAUGCAAUAUGCAAUCCUUUGUUUCACUCAUUGCCUAAACUACAUGUUCUAUAUCAAGUCUGUCCAAACAAGUUUAACCACGUCCCCGUUUGAUUGUCUUUGUCGAUCAACGGCAAGGUAAUUAAAACCGGCAGUUUGUUCCCUCUUUUCCCGUUAAUUUAUUCGUCAUUCGUUUUUCCUUUCACUAAAUCGCAUUCCAAAAACCUAGGCCCGAAAAGAAAAGGACGAACGAUAAGGUGUAGACGUAGCGAGGGCAAAACGAAAAAAAAAAAGGUAGACGUUGAUCGAUCGAGCUGAUCGAGAAUGGCGGUGGGUGGGUGAAAAAAGGCAUUAGCAAAAAAGGGCUUUCGUUUGUUUGCUGGAUGCAAACCGCUUAGGAAAAUCACAACUAUUAAUGAAUAAAAGUAAACUCACCAGCGCCCGACCUUGUUUCAACACGAGAACUUGUUUGAAUGCCUGUGAAUUCCAAUACGAAAACAAAACAUACAAAAAAAAAGCGAAGAAUAAAGUUACUGCUAAUGAACUGAUUUACUACACCACUCUGCAGCUUUUUCGUUCCAUGGCCAUGGCCCCGAUUAGCCGUGUAUAUCACAAACUGGUGUACGUAUUAUUUCCCAUUAGAAUCACCAUAGAGGUGUGCCCGAUUAGACCGAUGUUGGUCGUUUUGCUUUUGUUCUUUCGCUUUUCCGCAAUGAUAAUACAAACACUCGAUGGCGGCAAUGCCGCGAUGGCUUACUCAUCGGCGGGAAGCGAAAUUGGCUACAUUGGCUUGUACGUCAUCGUUUGUUUCCUUGGUACCU